AAAGGUGCACGGAGGCUUAAAGAAUCAUUCACCUGGAGGAAGGAACAAACUUCAUUCGUCAGCCCAGCGUGUUUCGGUAGCGGAUACCUGCCUCAGCACCAGAGACCUACACGGAAGUUAUGGUAUGGCAUUUCUCACAAGUAUGCGUCGCAAGGUAAAGUCUUGGCAAAUUCUGGCGUUCGUUGUUAUUGGUUGUCUGAUAUAUGUAUUGAUCAGGCAGCGUGGACAGAACAACUUUUUCACCAGUUUAGAUGAUGACUUGUUGCCACGUGUGAACCUAUUGCAAGCCUCAGGAAGACUUAGUGGUAAAAACUUUAAUGGUGAAGUGCAAGAUGCGGAGAGUCCGUCAGGAAAUGUGGUCCGUUCAGGAGAGCCCGUGGGGGAUCUGGCUGAUAAGGACAGAUCCCUUAACAGCUUGGCUUGUGUCCCGUUACGGGCAGCCGCCACCCCCCAGGUUAAGAUCUGUAUCUAUCCCCCAAAUGAGGACGCCAUUAUUUCAAGAUCGCUGUUGUUUAAUGGCACGUGGGAUGAGGACACUUUGGAGGACUUUAAGGUGGCGCUGACGUCAGAUUCAGAGCUGGGAUUGAUUGAUAUUGGCGCAAACCUCGGCACCUACUCCCUUGUCGCGGCCUCCAUGGGGCGGCCCGUGGUGGCUGUGGAGGCAAAUCACUUCACCGCCAUCCGCAUGAAACGGUCGGUAGAGAUAAAUAACUUCCGGGAUAGAGUUUCAAUCAUACAAGCGGCGAUUAUGCCAGAGCGAGGCUAUGCCCGCAUGGAAAUACCUGAAGGAGAUAUCGGAGCGGCGUAUCCUAUAGCAAUCGACAAGGACAUUAUUACCGACAAAGACCGACAUGAUCACUUAAUUAUAAAAACAAUGCGCUUAGAGGACAUUGUGCCGUAUGUGAAGUUCAAAAGCGCCAUUUUAAAGAUGGACAUUGGUGGCGAAGAAUAUGGUGUUCUACAUCUAGCGGAUCGACUCUUCGAUGUGCGGCAGAUUAAGUACGUGUUCAUGGUGUUUUCUCCGAACAAAGGGGAACAACUCGGAAGGUCUCGUGGAGUUCGAUUCUUACAGGAGCGUGGUUACAUUCCCAAAAUAUCGACCAGACAUUCGCAGAUGUUUAUGGGUUUAGAAAACGACAGUUGGCCUUCACAUCUGGUUUGGAUCAAGGAAAACUGACUUUGACACACAACCUGUAAAAUGUUGUUAAGCUGGUAAACGUAGUUGUCGCCCGGUUUUCUAUCUUACUAUAGCGACACAGCAUCAAGUCCUGUAGUCGAGGUCGCAUGCUCUGAAUUAUCUAUUUCAUUCCACUUGUAGGUUUUGACUGAAAUCGAUGAUCAGACCACUCGUUUGGGAUAAUACAGACAGGAGAAAUCACACGUUUUGGAUACUACAGACAUGUGGAUCAGUGUCACGUUUUUGUCAUGUAGAAAUACUAGAACUCCAAUUCUUGUUGUAAUAUAUAAAACACUAAUAUUCAUAAUAGCACCAUAUAUACAGGGAACAAAUGAAUAUAAGCUGAGGUUGUCGUGUUGCUCAGCUGUCGUCUGUGCACGCAUGUGAUUGCACUGAAUAUAAGCUGAGGUUGUCGUGUUGUUCAAUUGUCGUCUGUGCACGCAUGUGAUUGCACUGAAUAUAAGCUGAGGUUGGCGUGUUGUUCAAUUGUCGUCUGUGCAUGCAUGUGAUUGCACUGAAUAUAAGC